AUGGCUUCGGCAUCACCUGCUCCAUCUUCUCUCUUGUCAGCCCGUCCCCUCAGCCCUUCUCAUCCGACGGAGCCAGCCAAGGAUCAGUUCCAAGAGUUGCCUCACACAAAUUCGUCUUACAGCAACUCUGACUGUGACAUCAUGGUGAACAUCAUGACGACAGUGAUAGAAGCUGGGGAUGAGCUGAAAGAAAAGGCACAACUCAACGCUCUUGCAUCUCUUUCCCGUCUGCAGAGCGCGAGCUUGGGCCAGAUCCGAGUAUGGUUGUUCACGACAUCCUUGUACUGGUCAGAGGUUGCGAUGGGUUUUGGGAUUAGAGUGGUGGACAAGUUCGAGACUAACUCAGCGGGCACUCCCAUGUUCUCAUACCUGUUCCAACAUGUUGAGAAUGUUGACUUGUGUGCUGUCAAGAGUCGGUUUGUCUUCGAUGGGUAUGUGAACGGCGACAUCAUCCUCACGAGUCGAGUGCAUUUGACUCUGACUGAAGUCAUGCGGAGAUGGUCCGGCCCAUUGCAAUCAGGGGAGCGACAGGGAGUGCUGGUGAUAGGAAGGCGUCACAACGUGGAGUAUCAGGGGCAGCUGCUGGGAAGCGAUCGGGAGGUGGAGGAGCUGGUGGGGUUUGCGGAGAUGUUUGAGAGCUACGCCAUGGACUACUUCUUCUUCUCGAGAGGCUGGAUGAGUUGGAAUGACAUCCCUAGCUUUGUGGUGGGCAGGAGAGCCUACGACAACUGGCUGGUGGACCAUGCCUUCCACCGCCCGGCCGUCGACCUCAUCGAUGCCACCGCAAGCAUCUUCGCGCUCCAUCUGACGGGGUCGGACGGCAUUCGAGCAGGACACAACAAGGGGAGCGACAACGACCACAACGUGCUGGCAGUGAACCCCUUGACGAUGAGCGUGGUCAGCGAGGUGGAGUGGGAUCACGGGACGACAGAUCAUGCGGGCUACUACACGCAGAUGAUGGGAGGGCAGGUCUUGAUCUACUCGCGCCCGGUGUGGUGA